GGGUGGAACAGUCCAGUAAUGAGCACAUUUGAGCAUCAUAUGGCUUAAGACAAUAUAAGAUCAAUUUCUUUGGACGUUGUAUUUAAAUCUGAAGGAAGAGGGGGUUGGAGAGGGAGCAGGAUUAUUUGGAUUUAUUUUUGAUCUUUUUACCAGUCUUCCAGGGAAGCAGCUUCACCUCUACAUCACAGCAGGAGCACGGAAAGGGAACAGAGAGAGAAGCAGGAGCAGGAGCAAUGGGAGAAAUGCUGUGCCAGAUAGGUCUUAUUAGGUGCAUGACUGGAGGAAUGCUGUAUUUUUGUAUUUAGAGCAUGAUUUAGAGGGGAGGCCUUGAUCUCUUCCACAGUUUCAGGCUCCUGAUGGUCUACUAUUGCUGUCCAUCCAUUUUUGUGUGCCGGUGCGGCACAUUUGUAGGGGGGGGCAGGCAGAGAUGUAAUGUCUGAUUGAGCGUAUUAAUGCUGCUGUGUGGAUCUGUGGGAGAAAAAAAAACAGGCCUUGUUUGCGCCCUGAUCUCCACGCAGAGGAAAACGGCGCGCGGGUGGGAGCUUAUGGCCAGCGGGGCCGUGCUGGGAACGAAGGAGAAGCACACCAUCUGCAUGCCCAUGGGAAGAAGCAGGCAUAAUAAAGGCGUCCAUUUCCCCAGGCCCGGCACAGACACAGAGGAGCUAAAACACUGGGAUAAGAACCUAAUAAGUUUGUUAUUCUGGCUAUUUUGAAUGGACUUUAAUAGGCCUUUCUUAUUGUACUUCAAGGCUGGGAGGUAACAUUGCUCUAGCAUUUUCUAAUGGGCCUUUUUUUCCUCUUUAUUAUUACACAGACAAGCUAAACUUAAAGGCUGGGAGUAAAAUCCCUUUAACAUUACCUGUAAAGCUCCCUUCCCUCUUUUUUUAUUGGAAUGACAAGCUAAACUUGAAGGCUGGGAGAUAAAAGAAUUGCUUUAACAUUUCCUGUUCUGUUUAUCACAGUCUUCCUUUCUUGGCUUCCUUGACAUUCUUGGAUUUGCCAAAACCUGUUUCAUGCAUGUCCACUGGAGGCAGGUUUGACUUUGAUGAUGGGGGGUCGUACUGUGGAGGGUGGGAACAGGGCAAGGCCCAUGGCCGAGGGGUCUGCACAGGCCCCCAGGGCCAGGGGGAAUAUGCAGGGGCCUGGAGUCAUGGAUUUGAGGUUCUUGGAGUGUACACCUGGCCCAGUGGGAACAGUUACCAAGGAACAUGGGCACAGGGCAAGAGGCAUGGCAUCGGCGUGGAGACCAAAGGCAGGUGGGAGUACAAGGGGGAGUGGACGCAAGGGUUCAAGGGGCGCUAUGGGCGGCUGGAGAGCACCAGCAGUGGGGCACGUUAUGAAGGCACUUGGAGUAAUGGUCUACAGGAUGGAUAUGGGUCUGAGACCUACUCUGAUGGAGGUACAUACCAGGGACAGUGGUUGAGUGGCAUGCGCCAUGGCUAUGGUGUGCGGCAGAGUGUGCCUUAUGGCAUGGCCGCUGUCAUCUUUUCCCCUCUGCGCACUUCCAUAAACUCUUUGCGCUCUGAACACAGUGAGGGAGCCCCAACGCCUGACGAUGGCUCUGCUGUGAGCGGUGUGGCUGGGAUUCCAGUGGGCCGUGGAGGUUUCGUGCUUUGUGCCCAAAGUGAUGCAGACAGACAGCGGAAAAGGAAAGGGCGCUUCCGGCAGUCCAUUCUGAGUGGCUUGAAGUUGCGGCGGUCUGAGUCCAAGAGCUCUCUAGCAAGCCAGCUAAGCAAGCAGAGCUCCUUCUGCAGUGAGGCCGGCAUGAGCACGGUCAGCUCGGCCGCAUCAGACAUCAACUCCAACGUCAGUCUGGGUGACGUGGAGAUGGGAGGCAGCGUGGACGCCACUGUCACUGAGACAUAUGUAGGCGAAUGGCGGAAUGACAUGCGAACAGGUUGGGGCAUCAGCCACCGAUCGGAUGGCCUGCGCUACGAGGGUGAGUGGUUUGGGAACAAGCGGCACGGCUAUGGCUGCACCACUUUCCCUGAUGGGACCAAGGAGGAAGGCAAGUACAAGCAGAACAUUCUGGUGAGUGGCAAGCGGAAGAACCUAAUACCACUGCGCACCAGCAAAAUCCGGGAGAAGGUGGACCGUGCUGUGGAAGCUGCUGAGAAGGCUGCAGAAAUUGCCAAACAGAAGGCAGAGAUUGCACUGUCAAGGACGAGUCAUGCCCGGGGAAAAGCUGAGGCUGCUGAGGGAGUUGCACAGAGGGCCCUGGAGGAGUGUCGUCUGGCCCGGAUUAUUGCCAAAGAACUCUCCCCUUCCUUCCAUCAUUAUGGAAAUGGACUGGAGUGCCAGAGACCAAAGCGUCAAGACAGAAAAGAGAAAGACAUGGAAGUGAUCUCCACUGGGACAGACAGCCCUGAGCUCUGCACACCAGACACAACUCCCCCAGCCCAGACCCCAGACCUGAGCCCAGCCCUCAGCAGCCCCUCCUCACCUCCCUGUACCCCACCAUCCCACCGUGCCAGGAGCGCCUGCUUCAUGCGCCAGAGUGCUGUGGAUGAACAGGGAGGGGCAGAGAUUCAGGUUCUGGUGGAAGGAAGAGGUAUAGACAAUGGAAGAGGUGGCACCAACAGUUGGACUGCCGACAUGUAUCCUAACCGUAGGGGCAGCAAGGGAGAAAGCAGCCGCUCCACUACCCCAUCCCUGCUUGAGGAGGAGAUUGUUCACAUCAAUGGACACGAGCAAAACUCUCAACACUCGACUCAUCACACAUGGGAGAAUGGCUCUUCCAAUCACAAGUCCAUUGAGCAUGUCUCCUCAGAUAAAGUAUGGGAUCACAUGUCCUCCAAUCAAAAGCCCUGGAAGCAUGCAUCCUCCAACCACAAGUCCAGGGAAUAUGCAAUGUCCAAUCAUAGAGAAUGGGAGCAUAUUCCACCCAGUCACAACUCUAUGGACCACAACAAAUCUUCCAAGCUCAAACCACAGGUGCACACAUACUCCAAUCACAAGGCCUUGGGUCAUACCUUGUCCAAUCACAAAACCCAUGAGCAUUAUUCUUCCAAUCACAAGCCAAAGGAGUAUGUCUCCACACAUGCAAAACCCCAAGACCAUGUGUCCUCCCAUUACAACCCUCGAGAGCAUGUAUCUUCCUAUCGCAAAUCACACGAGCAUGUCCACUCCAAUCACAAACCAAGCCAGUCCUUUACCAACCAUAUGGUUGGUGAAUCUAGCUUGAAUGACUACCAGCCAUCAGAGCAUGGAGCCAAUAGCUCCUCUCUGGGAUGGACUGUUGAGAACUCUUCCCAGUGGAUCCCCUGCCACUCACAGCUGCCAGAAAAAGAGGAAGAAAAGCUGGAUGACUAUCGGGUGGAAAUGAGGUUCCAGCCCUUAGACUCCAUCCCCCAGCAGCACUUUGGCUCAGGCACGGAAUGUCCGAGUCUCCAAGGGCACAAUUCGCAGAGACUGCGACAGCGGAACCACGAAGGCAAGGAAUGGAGCCUUGUGGCCAGAGAAGGGUCCAUGGACUCUGUGCAGAUGCUGGACAGCCUGAAUGUUGGGGUGGAUCUGGAGGAAUGGCCGUUGCACAGAGAUGUCACCCUGUCUCCCCCUUUAACAUCCUCUCCAAUCACACUGGAACAUGACGGAGAGCAUCUGAACCUGAUCAAAGCAAACUCAGGCUCCAGCUCUGUCCUGGUGGUCAUGGUGAUUUUACUCAACAUUGGUGUAGCCAUUUUGUUCGUUCAUUUCUUUAUUUAAACAUAAUGGCCUAGAGAAUGUUAAUAACAGCACUUACUAUUAUC